UGUUUAUGUUUGAAUGAGUGAAAAGUUAGUAUUUUUCUCAGACCGAAAAGCCACUGUAGAACGGGCGUUAAAACAUUGUUGCUGAUUACGGUUUGUUUAACCGGAACUGGGUCCUGAUAUUGUUAUCGCGCUUAUGAAUUAAAUAUUGAUUUCUACUUAUAAAAUCAUUUUAUGCUUCAUUGUAUAAUUUGUGUUCGACGUAUUAGAACAAUUGGAUACAAUUACUUCAUAAAGAAAACUACAAUCUUUAAUGUGCGGAUUACAUCGUUUCCAACUUUCCAUCAUUUUGCGAGUUUCUCUUAUCUUUCGCGGGUUCAAUAGUUAUUGUUUUGGCUGCUGUCUGUGCAAUGUUAUUCGCAGUCAUUCUGAUUACCGGCGUCAGCAUGACGGCCGGAUCAGCCAUCGAUUCUGACAACCAGUGCUGGCCGAAAGGUCAGUACACUUUGAUGAGUGCGGCAGAAGGAUGUCCUGGACCAUCGUGGGCCAAGGGAUGGACCGUGAAUUAUACGCACAAAAAGUCCAUUGUCCCGCCACAGUUUGUCAAUGGAACCGUUCAGGGACGGUAUGUAAAACUAAAUUACUGCUCGCACCAGAUCAAUGACAGCAGCUGUCAGGGAGGCGAGGAGCCGGCAGCGUUUCCGCCGGGAUCGUAUUGUUUGUUCGCACAUGGACAUCCCCCGGGCGGCAUCAUCACCGCCAAUUGUCCGGCCGGCUUCAACUGGACCUGGGUGGCCAUUGACGACAUUAACGGCGGCAAUCUGUCCCAUGGUGGUCAGCUGCCCAGCGGCGAGUUCUUCUCUUUCGCCACCGUACAGUAUUACUGCUGUCGUGAUGAUGGCGAUGCCGACACCGAAAUCCAACUACCAAAUCAGAAAGCCUUCCUUCUCUAUCCCACCGCUGUCGGCAAGACCUGCCAGCAAGUUGCCGGUAUGACAGUGAACAAGACGGAGAUCUUCUAUGAUACGGAUGACGAUGAUGCGACCACCAACGGCGCACCAGCAGCACCGGAUUUCACUCCGCCUGAAUAUUCCUUGGAUACUCAUACGGGAUUUUGGGGCAAAGGUCUCCAUAUGGCGAUAUGCCACUAUACUCCAGUAGAUAAAAAACCCUUCGUUCCGCCCCGCAACGACACCCAGACGAAGAAAACCGCGCCGGUAUGUUGGCCGGACGAUAACUUUGUCCUGUAUAAACCUACCAGCGGUUGCCCACUCAACUGGACUACCGGCUCCAUUAAGUCGACCCUUGGCCCGAACUCGACCAUAGCGGCUGAUUUAGACGCCCAGAAGAUCUCCAAUGGUACCGUGGUCAACUUCUGCAACCACAAUGCCAACACCAGCACAAGCCGUUGCAAUGCCAACAAUACGGCCCACUGGAACCCGGGUUCAUACUGCAUCUUCCUGGGUAAGGUCAAGGAGGGCAGCAGCAUCGACAAAAACUGUCCAGCCGACUUCCAAUACAGCUGGUAUGUCGUCGACACAGUGGACAAAAAUAAUACGGACAGGGUUAAGGGCGAUAUACCAAGCGGUGAAUACUAUAACAUCGCUUCGGUGUAUUACUUAUGCUGCCGUGAUGACGGAAACGUCACCGACCCCAUAACACUGCCGACCAUGGAUCCCUUCUUCCUCCUGACCACCGACCAGGCGCGCAACAAAUGCCAGGCCGUGAACGGCAUGACCGCCCAUGUUAGGAAUAUGUUCUACGAUACAGAGGAUGUCGACGCGGAUUAUAUCCCGGCAUCGCCGGUACCGCCGGGUCCGGCGGUCUUCCUGGGCUCCAAAAUUAACAAACCCCGAGCUGCCUGGGGUGCCGGCGCCAAUAUUGGUGUGUGCUAUUACAGUGCGGUGUCGGUGCCAGCGCUGGAAAGUGGCAGGGAUGAAUUGUUUGGUCUCGAAGGUCAUCCUCCCGCGUAGAUUCCUGCCCGCGGCUUUCUUAGAGCCGAAUAGUUACAAUUUGAAUUCAGAAUAUUUUUAGCACAUAGAUAAUAAUUUAAUAAUGAUGUGUUAUUACGUAGUAACGUUUUUGCAUUUUUGUAGAAAGUCAGGGUGAAAGACUGCUCAUGUUGAAUCUGGGAUACAGAAAUUGCCUGUUAUUCGCAUUAGUUCGCAAGAACAAAAGUAGAUUCAAGUUCCUCGAGGUGUUACGAAGAUUUAAAUCGUGCUAAAACGCACAUCGCUGACAUA